CGCCGACGUCACAAUAGCGGCUGCCCCAACGUCCCUGCCCGGCCGCAGCCGAUCGGGGCUGGUUUGAGCUGGUGCGUUGCCACAGCGACGCCGGCUGCCCUAUAAAUAGGAGCGCGGCGGCGGCCGAGCUUUGUGCGCCGCGGCUGUCCCGCUCUCUGCGCUUAACCCGCUGCGCUCACCCCGCUGCUCCGGCCAGCGCCGAGCCCGCUCCCAGCACCGGCACCAGGAGGAGGCGGCGGCAGCGGCGGCUCCGACAGCGGCUCCAGCAGCGGCUCCAGCAGCGGCUCCAGCAGCGCUGCCCGGGCGGGGGCGAGUUUGUAAUUGAAUCCUUUCACAUAAACCUGAAAUCUCGGAAAUCAUGAAUAGCUUCAGCAAUGAAGAAUUUGAAUUCACCUUCCUUGACGAAGGCUUUACUGCCAAGGAUAUCCUUGACCAAAAAAUAAAUGAAGUGUCAUCUUCUGAUGAUAAAGAUGCCUUCUAUGUUGCUGACCUCGGGGACAUUGUAAAGAAGCACGUGCGAUGGCAUAAAGCCCUUCCACGGGUAACUCCCUUCUAUGCCGUAAAAUGUAACGACAGCAAAGCUGUAGUGAAGACACUUGCUGUUCUCGGUGCUGGAUUUGAUUGUGCCAGUAAGAUGGAGAUACAGCUGGUACAGAGCAUUGGUGUACCUCCUGAGCGAAUAAUAUAUGCAAAUCCCUGCAAACAAGUAUCUCAAAUCAAACAUGCUGCCAGCAGUGGUGUACAGAUGAUGACAUUUGAUAGUGAAGUAGAACUAAUGAAAGUUGCAAGAGCCCAUCCAAAAGCCAAGUUAGUCUUGCGCAUUACAACUGAUGACUCCAAAGCAGUUUGUCGUCUGAGUGUUAAAUUUGGAGCUACGCUUAAGACUAGCAGACUUCUUCUGGAGCGUGCAAAAGAACUUGACCUUGCCAUCAUUGGAGUUAGUUUCCACGUUGGAAGUGGAUGUACAGACCCAGAGACCUUUGUUCAAGCCAUUUCUGAUGCCCGCUGUGUGUUUGAUAUGGGAGCUGAGCUUGGCUUCAGUAUGUAUCUGCUUGAUAUUGGCGGUGGCUUCCCUGGCUCUGAAGAUGUCAAGCUUAAAUUUGAAGAGAUCACAAGUGUAAUCAACCCAGCACUGGAUAAAUACUUUCCUUCGGAUUCUGGAGUAAAUAUUAUUGCAGAGCCAGGAAGAUACUAUGUUGCAUCAGCAUUCACUCUGGCAGUCAACAUCAUUGCCAAAAAAAUUGUGUUAAAGGAGCAAACAGGUUCUGAUGAUGAAGAUGAUGCAAAUGACAAAACUCUCAUGUACUAUGUGAAUGAUGGAGUCUAUGGAUCGUUCAACUGCAUCUUGUAUGAUCAUGCACAUGUCAAACCAGUUCUGCAAAAGCGGCCUAAACCAGAUGACAGCUGCUAUUCCUGCAGCAUAUGGGGACCAACGUGUGAUGGCCUAGAUCGUAUUGUUGAGCGUUUUAACAUGCCAGAGUUACAAGUUGGUGACUGGAUCCUGUUUGAGAAUAUGGGUGCCUACACUGUUGCAGCUGCUUCUACUUUCAAUGGAUUCCAGAGGCCAACAAUACACUAUGUGAUGUCAAGACCUGCAUGGCAACUAAUGCAGCAGAUCAAGGAGCGAGGGUUCCUAGCUGAAGUAGAGGAGCAGGAUGUUGCUAGUCUGCCUCUCUCUUGUGCCUGGGAAAGUGGAAUUGAAUAUCCAGCAACUUGUGCUUCAGCUAGUAUUAAUGUAUAGAUAAUAUUUAGUGAUUAACUGCAAGGUUAGUAAUUGAAUUUAGGGCAUUUGUGGGACCAUUAACUUAAUUCUUGCUAGAAUUUUUAAGUGGGUUUUUUUUCUAAAGUUUAGGUUUGGCAUAAAUGCAACAAAAUGACUAGGAGAUGGGUCACAAUUAUCUGUGUUCCUAUGGAAACUAUUUGAAUAUUGUUUUAUAUGGAUUUUUAUUCACUUUUCACAUAUGCUACUAAAGACUGACCCUCAACUGUCAAACAAGUAUUUGUAGCUUGUGGAUGGCAGAAUGGGCUAAGCUUAGUGUUUUGUGACCUACCUGUUUUAAAAUAAAGUAUAUUGAAAUAACUGGUCAUGUGUUUGCUUAAUCUGUAGCAAAUUAAUUGGUAGUGGAUAGAUCUUAUAGCGUAUAUGAAGACAGAGCAGGUGCUGCAAGCCCAGAGCUUAUUAAUAAUUGAAUAAUACAAUUACUGUCUCCUCCCUUACCCUUGCCCUCCCAGCUUGCUGAAGUGAAGGAAACCCUUUGUGGGUAGGGAAACUAACCUGUGUAUUUAAUAGAUGAUUAGAAAAAUCUUGACUAUCAACAAGUCAAAUACUGUGUGAAUUCUUGUGGAAUCACACUUUCUUCCACUGUUUGAACGUAUGUUAUGCAACUGUAAGGCAAAGUUAGAUGCAGUGCUGUUUAUUGAUGUUACUCUGUAGCUGCUGUGGCCAGGGCUGAUGGCAAUUGAUGGAGAGACUAUGGCACAGGCUGUGUGAGUGCCACUGACAAGCUGCUUGUUAUGUGUGCAAAGAUUUAAAUGUCAUGGGAAAACUUUGGAAGCUGAAACUGUGUGGCUGUCUAGUAGGUGAUGACUACUAUGAAGCUUGUGGCCCUAGGGUCUUAGCACAAAAUAGGUAAGAGAGUGGGGCUCAACAUCCUUUGUGCAUGCAAUGCAAUCGGAAGCUCUUAUUUUAUGUCGUGAAAAUACACGCUACCCUGUUAAACUUCUGACUUUGGAUUAAAUAUGGUAGAUCACAAUACAUAGUAGAUAGUAGGAGCUAAUACAGGGUGUGUUGG